GCGCGGUGCGUGUCGGGAAGGCGGUGGGCGAGCCGGUUCUGGGAGACGGAGACCGCAAUGGUGGGUGGUGAGGCGGCCGCCGCUGUGGAGGAGCUGGUUUCCGGAGUGCGGCAGGCGACCGACUUCGCCGAACAGUUCCGCUCCUACUCGGAGAGCGAGAAGCAAUGGAAGGCCCGCAUGGAGUUCAUCCUGCGCCACCUGGCCGACUACCGUGACCCGCCCGACGGCAGCGGCCGCCUGGACCAGCUGCUGUCCCUCUCCAUGGUCUGGGCCAACCACCUCUUCCUGGGUUGCAGUUACAACAAAGAGCUUUUAGACAAGGUGAUGGAAAUGGCUGAUGGGAUUGAAGUGGAAGACCUACCACAGUUUACCACCAGAAGUGAAUUAAUGAAAAAGCAUCAAAGCUAAGCUGUAAGUUUUAUCACAUUUCUGUCAUCAACUACAGAAAAGAACCAUCUACAGAAUCAAUCAUCUCUCACAGAGAGGAGUCUGGGAUGAAUAUGACAUUGAUCAUGGAUGUUCUCUUAAGACCCUUGGUAUUACCAGUACAGGAAAGAGGUAGUUGAAAUGAAUCUUAAAAGUUAUCAUUCUUCAAGUAGCUGUCAUUGUAAAAGUCUACAUGGCUAUUUAUUUAUAAAUCAUGCAGCCUUUUUAAUUUUCAGUUUCUAAGUGUCAAACUUGUUAUAAAGUUUUAUUAUCUUUUUAAAUUUUUCAUCACUUGUGCAAGACUAGAGCACUGCUCUGUCAUUUAUGAUGUCUUUUUCUUUGCGUGGUGCUGGGGAAGGAACUUAGGGUCUCAUUCAUGCAAGGCAUGCACUCUACCCCUGGACCCACCUACUUGGCCUAUAAACUUUAUAAAUGCCCACACCCUUUUUUAAUGUCAAUGUAAUAAUGGCAGGUAAUGAAUUUUACAAUUUGAAUUUUUCAACAGUGUACCUUUAAGUCUGUUUCAUGGUUUUCUUUUCUUCCCCCAGAAGCUAGCUAGAUCCUUCAUCUCCUUAUUUCUAUGUGAAGUAUAUAUACUGUACACGUAUCCACACAUCCCAUUGAUAAAUAGACUUAACUAUCAGAGAGGAGUAAGAAUCAAAUCACAAGCCUCAGGUACCCAUAGUAAAACACAACCAACAAAAACAGCAUCUGACCUUAAUUAAAACUUGCAGAUGCAAAAUGUUAUAAGCCAGUCCAGUUGAUUUUUAGAUUCGCUGAGUAAAUCCCACAUAUUCUAUUUUUUCUGAGGGAAUAUGAAGCUUCACACUUACAGACUUGGGGAACUGCCUUGUACAGUUCUCAAGAAAUACUCUAGUGUAAUGCUACUUUGCUAUGAAAUUCAAGUAUUUAUUUCCUCCUUUUCAUUAAUGUAGUUUUCUUCUAUCUCCUCCUCAUUCCUCUUUCUUAUGUCAUAACUACCAUUAAGUACUUAUCUCCAAGCAUAAAUACUGAGAGAGGGACUUCAUUUGGAGCAGCAGAAAUAUAGCAGUUGGGUGCAGCAGGAUUCUCUCAUCUGGGGUCUCUAGUGAGGAUGGUGGCAAGUAAGACAGUGGACCAACACUUAGAUUCAUCAGCUGACAAACACAGGUAAUUGAAUAGCUGGGAAAAGUGCUGAAAAGGUGAGCUGGCUGUGGGAGAUGAUGUCUGGCAGCUGAGAAGUGGAGGACUUGUUCAUGGUUCAAUGUAAAAGACCAGGCAGCACACCUUGGAUGGGUCACAUCAGUGUGCACCUUCUAACUCUUAAUCUGCAAAGACCUCUAGGAUGGACCAAGGGAAGAAGUCAGGAUCUCUGACUUAAAACUUUCAACAAGUCAUUUCUCUCUUCUCUCCAGUCUUAUCUGAAAAAUGGAGAUCACAAAAAUAAAUACAUCUCACAAAGAGCUAUAGCAAGAACUAAGAUAUAAAGAGCUGGAAUUGGAAGACAGCUCAUCCUGUGGGUGUUUGCCUUACCAUAUUGUGUAACCAGAGUUCAAACCCUAGUACGAUGUGUGAGCACAGAGAAACUGGGGGAGCUCUGGUACAGUGGUGUGUCUCCCUCUGAAAUGAAAAUGGAAAACAAUAGGUCACCUUAGAGUGGUGAAAUAAAUCAGAUGUUUGCAAGGUCACAGAAUUACACAAAGAUGUAGAGGGCCAAGAACUGUUCACUUAGCCUUAGCCUCUUUUUCUCAAAUGUAAUGUAUAUUGUGAUUAUCUCUAUUAGCAUCAUCUUUUUUUUUGGGUGGGGGCGCUUAAUGGUUUACAGUAAAUACAAUUGUUGAUA